AUGCCCCCCUCACUCACCUCCCCCUUCUUCUCAGCCCUCCGCUACUCCCCCCUCCUAGCCAACGCCGCCCUCCCCCUCCGAUCCCUCUUCACCUCCUCCCCCCCACCCACUUCUCCUACCGUACAGCGGUACCUCCUCCGACAACCCUGGAGCGGUGCCUCACGAGAGUGUCCGACACCUAUCAUCCUCGUACGCGCUAUCGGUCUUUCCUCCGCAUACCCAUCUCUCGCCUCCUCUGGCUCUGGCUCCAGCCCAAACGCAGAGGAGGACGGGCACUGGGAAGACUGGGGAGCUAUGUUUUCCGAAAAAGGUUACACAGCUCUAGAAGUUGACAUCGCCGCUCCGUCCACCCUCACCCCGCCUUCCCCCUCCGCUUCCGCCGAUGGAGCCGCCGACCGCACCGUGACUCAGCCCCCGCCAUCCCCCCUCAAAGCCAUGUCCUCCCUCCUCGCCUCCCAGAUCCGCCUCCUCGCGAUCCCCUUCCCCCCCAUUCUCGUCUCUUCAGAGGACAGCUGUCUUCUCACUCAGAUGUAUAUCGAGGAUAACCCCGCAUCGGGGCUGGUUCUCCUCGAUCCGCCUUCGGACGACGCGGGCGGAUCGGGAUCCGCCAGCAAGGCGGCAGGGGGAAACGCGGACGCGUGGCAACUCCCCAAGUUCGGGUAUGAGCCAAGAUUCCCUAUUCUCCUCAUGGCGAGUACCGACAGAAUGGGGGAGGUGGAGCAAAGUAGGCUAGGGAAGGCAGCUGCGAAUGGACGAAGUAGGGGCGGGAAGGGGGUCACGCUGGAGCGGGUGGUUGAUGGGCAUAGGGGGGAGAAGAGCCGGAUAGUCGUCGAGCGGUGGAUGGACAGCUGUGGGUUCUGA